CUCUUCAGUCUCUUUCUCAUCUCAGUUCCUCAGCCACCGGUACGGUAGUAGUGUGGACAAUGGAGUUCGUCAACAGCCACAUUCCAAAGCGCAAACGGCAAGAUUCCGACGACUAUUAUCCGCCGCCGUCCACCACCGCCAACGGCGGCUUAGACCUCUCUCUCCUCGAAGCACUCGAGAAAUCCCAAAACCCCGUCGAAACACUCGACCUCAAAACCCUAAAAAAACUCGUCCUCUCCUUCGAACGCCGCCUCAAGGAGAACAUCGCCGCCCGGCUCAAGUACCCGGACCAGCCGGAUAAAUUCGCCGACUCCGAAAUCGAGCUACACGAAGAAAUCCAAAAGCUCAAAAUCCUCGCCGGAGGACCCGAACUCUACCCUGACCUCGUAAAUCUCGGAACCAUACCCUCCAUCCUCAAUCUCCUCAUCCACGAAAACACCGACAUCGCCAUUGAUGUCGUAACUCUCCUCCAAGACCUCACCGAUGAAGACGUCCUCGAAGACAAUGACGAGCCCGCUCAAGUCCUUGUCGAUGCUCUAAUCGAAAACAAUGUCCUUGAAUUACUAGUACAGAAUUUGCUCCGGUUGUCGGAGACAGAUCCCGAUGAGUUGGCUGCGGUUUACAAUACUCUAGCGACGAUUGAGAAUUUGAUUGAGGUAAAGCCCGCUGUGGCCGAGAUGGUGUGUGAGAAGACUAAGCUAAUGAGGUGGUUAUUGGGGAAAAUCAAGGCCCGGGAAUUUGAUGGUAAUAAGCAGUACGCCUCGGAGAUUUUGGCGAUUUUGUUACAGAGUAGUUCGGCGAAUCAGAAGAGAUUGGGGCAGGUGAAUGGGGUCGAUGUGAUUUUACAGGCGGUGGCAAUGUAUAAAUCGAAGGACCCGAAGACGACGGAUGAGGAGGAGAUGGUAGAGAAUUUGUUUGAUUGUCUGUGUUGUUUGUUGAUGCCCUUGGAGAAUAAGGAGAGGUUUGUGAAAGCAGAGGGGGUGGAGUUGAUGAUUAUUAUUAUGAAUCAGAAGAAAUCGUGUUAUGGUUCGGCUACAAGGGCGCUGGAUUUUGCCAUGACUAACUAUCCACCCGCUUGUGAACGGUUUGUGGAUGUUAUGGGAUUGAAGACCGCGUUUCCGGCUUUUAUGGGUAAGAUUCCCGUGAACAAGAAGAACAAGAGAAGGCGUUACAAAGAAGAAUUGGAAGAGCGGCUUAUAUCACUAAUUGCAUCAUUAUUUGGCGGAAUUUUGAGGGGUUCCAGGAGGGAAAGAUUGUUAAGUAAAUUUGUGGAAAAUGAAUGUGAAAAGAUAGACCGGCUUAUGGAGCUGUACAUGAGAUAUUCUGAUAGAGUGAAAUCAGAGACUGAAAGGAUGAACGAGCUUGAACUUGAUGAUUUAGAGAUGGAUGAAGAGGAAAAGUACAAUCGAAAGCUAGAAUCGGGACUCUUUACUCUUCAGCUGAUAGCUGUUGUUCUGGGUCAUCUUUGGACUUCUGAGCACUCCCAAAUGAGAGCAAGAAUCGAACUGCUACUUAAGCAGCAAAAGCUAACGAAAAAGGACGUUAAGGAUAUACUUCAGGAGUAUCAUGAUAACAUUGGAGAUCUGGAUGGGCCGGAAGAGAAGGAGAGGGCACAGGCAAAGAUCCAAAAGUUCAUCUCGGCUUUUUGACUAUAGGUUGUGUUCAUUUGCACUUGAAAUGCUUCUAGUUAGUUGCUUAUUUUGAAAAAAAAAGAAAAGAAAAGAUUCCUCUACGUAUGCUUCAGCAAUUGAGAUUUUGUUAUAUGAUUUUCUUGGGUCUUGUGCUGAAUAUGAUGGUUUAGAGCUGGAUCAGCAGUGUUGUAACUGAUUAGAUUUAGCACUGAUCGAUGCUUAUAGCAAUGUUAGUAACGACUGUGGCCUACUAAUUAUUUAUGUCCUCAGGCUUCCAGAAUUUUUUUGAAUCUUCAGAUUUUCUGCUUGGCAUUCUUCAAGUAAAUGUACAUUUUACUUUA